AUGGCCUACAGAGAAACUAUACAACAUAAACCUGGUCUUCUUAGAGAAGCUGGAAUUCAAAUUGGUUCGGGUGGUUUUGCAGGUUUUGUUGAAGCCUGCAUAAUGCAUCCGAUGGACCUUAUCAAAACACGUUUCCAACUGCAGGUCAAAGUUACACAAAAUGAUGCUCUUUAUUAUACAGGAAUUCGUGACUGUAUGAAAAAAAUGUACGCAAAUGAAGGGCUCGCAGCAUUUUGGAAAGGUAUAAUACCACCAGUUAUAAUGGAAACACCGAAAAGAGCUGUAAAAUUUUUCUCCUUUGAACAAUACAAGAAGUUAUUUAGCAAUUACUCUUCAAAGAUGAUGGUAUUUUAUUUUGCUGGCUUCUUAACAGGUGUAACAGAGGGCAUUUUAGUAAACCCAUUUGAAGUAGUUAAAGUACAAAUGCAAUCUGAUCGUAAGCACAUAAAACACAGUGCAUCCACUUUUGCUGUGACCAAACGUAUUCUUGUCCAGCAAGGGUUUGGAUUAAACGGUCUCAAUAAAGGUUUGUCCGCCACAGUAAUGAGAAAUGGUGUGUUCAAUACAUUCUACUUUGGCAUUUAUAACAGCCUUCUUCCGCAAGUGCACAAGCAUAAGGAAUAUGCUCCAGAAUUGUUUCUUAAGUUUAUCAUAGGUUUUACAGCAGGAACAGUGGCGUCCUGUAUGAAUAUACCAUUCGAUGUUGCUAAGAGUCGCAUUCAAGGACCUCAGAAUGAAAUCCAAUACAAAGGGACCGUACGAACUAUCUGUACAGUCUAUCGCAGAGAAGGAUUUAGAGCCUUGUACAAAGGAUUGCUACCAAAAAUCUUGCGAUUAGGACCGGGUGGUGCGAUUAUGCUUAUAGUUUAUGAACACAUGAAAGCAUAUCUCAACGCGAAAGUUCCUAUCUGA